AUGAUCAUUGUCUGGUAUGGAUAUGACUCUCUCUUGUCGUUCCCGUCGCUCAUGCUGCGAAAAGUGCCAGCAUCUGGAGCAAUUACCAUGAAUGUUUUACCACGAGAGGUGCUCUACAAUGUGGGUCCCCGACUUCUCAGAGAAGUCUGGGCGCUCACUGGGGUCGCUGUUUUCAUCAUCGUCUUGAGAGUAGCUGCGAAGAUACGAAUUCGAAAAUUCGGACUGGAUGAUAUCUUGAUGGUUUCGGCAUUGUGUUUAGCUAUAGUCGGAUCAGUCAUGGUCACCAUGGGCGUCCAGUGGGGGUUUGGCCGCCAUGUGUGGGAUAUCAACCCCGAUAAUAGAGCUACAGUCAUAAUGUAUGACUAUCUGACGCAGACAUUUGGCAUUUGCGGGGGUACAUUGGGUAGAAUCGCCUUCAUCGUCUUCGUCGUUGGGCUUCUCGGAACUAAAAAGGCCUACAGAAUGGUUCUGUGGGUUCUAGCUGGGCUGCAGAUCGUGACAAAUGUGAUGUUCAUUGUCAUACUCUUUGUUCAGUGUCCUGGACAUGCUUCAGCAAUUUGGACACAAGAUGGAAAUGGGAAAUGCUGGGAUGUUCGAGUUCAAGCCUACUACGGAUACUACCAAGGUGCCUUCAAUUCAGCUACCGACCUAUAUCUUGCUGUGUUCUCAACCUACAUCUUCUGGAAUUUGAACUUGAAGUUACAAGUCAAGUUGGGUCUAGUCACACUUCUGGGACUAGGUCUUUUUGCAAUGGUCGCCUCCAUCAUCAAAACUGUGCAAACCCGAGUCCUCGCUCACGCAGUCAACGACCCGACAACGGCAACCAUCAACCUCGAUCGCUGGCUAUACAUUGAAACAUACCUAGUCAUUAUCACAGCGUCAAUUCCUUGCAUUCGUUCUCUUCUGAGAUCAUUUGGACGACAGACAACUGGGACAGGACGCAGUACUUAUGAAUUAGGGUCUCCUCAUGGAGGAAGUUCUGGACCUAGAUCCAGGAGACUGACACCUACCGCCCCGGGGAAAGGCAUGAUGCGUAUCUCAGACGGUAAUGCUAGCGAAGAUGACAUUUUGGGUUGGGAUGCAACGGACAGCGACCGAGUGGAUGAGCCAGCGACUUCCAAGAAGUCGAUACAUGUCUACGUGUAG